AUGCUGUUUAGUCCCUCCACCCGCACGCAGACACCAUUUGCGCUUUCAACAACACCGUCGCACGUUGUCAUACGCGCUUUAGGCCACACCCAUUCUGUUACGCUGACUUCGGCAUCAGGCUUAGGCUUAGGCUUAGUCUUAGGCUUAGGCUUAUCCGCACAGUGUACGAAUAUGCAAAUCAAUACUGAGGAUAUAACAGUACCGUGGGGACGUAGUCCAGAUCCACAGGAUAUUCAGAAUGGACGCUGGCGAAUGGCUGUCUUUCAAGAUGUUCAAGAAAGUAACGAUAAAUCGAAAUUGUUCUUCCUUUACGAUCCAGUUGCAGACGAAUCUUCCGGAACUUCCGGAGGUCGCAAGGGCGCGCAAGGCAUAGUUGUUUUCGACACAAAUUUGCGUUGCUUCAUUACUGAUGUACCAGUCAACGUUCUCGGUACUCCAAAGUUUCUGUUCGCAUUAAAAUGUCCAUCACCUCAGGGUGGCACUUCUUUGGUUAUGGUUACCGAAAGUGCAAAUUACGGUCAAGCUGCUUUAAUGUUGUACAGAAUUGAUAUGAGACAAGAUGGAAUGAAUUUGGAAACACAACCAAUCGCAUUACUGGCCAGUUCGAUCCCAAUUAGUGGUGAUUUCAUUAUUUCAAUGCGUGAAGAUGCACCUGAAGUGGUUGUGCUCACAUCGCCAGGCUUAACUGUUUGGCGUAUCAAUUGCCUUGUAACACAGCCAUCCUCACCAACAUCCACUUAUGCAGUGCCGAACGCUGAUCUCAACCAUUUCUAUGACGCAUAUCUUAGUCAAGGAAAUAUCUAUUUGUUAUCUGCAUCACCAGAUGGUCAAUUGGACUAUUCAAGAAUUCAUGUUCUAUCAAUAACUGGUCAGAGUGAAAUUCGUACACAAGUAUGUGGUGGUGAUCCACAACGUGGGACACCUUGUGCUCGUCGGCAAGCUGCUCUUGACUCGAUUUCUGGUUUUAUCUUAUUGGCUGGUGGUGAAAUAGAUUAUGGUGAUUCGGUAACACGACUCGUCGACUAUUGGAUGCUGAAUUUGUCGACUUUCACUUGGAUGCAGAUCCCAGCUCAAAUGCCCAUUCCUCUUAUUGAACCGCGGCUCACGGCCACGAACUCUGGGAAUGUUUAUUUAUGGGGUGAUUUCGAUCAGCCAUUACCUGGAAUGCCUGCAGAAGGGACACAUCUUCGUAUAUUGAAGAUGACUGGUUUCCAGAGUGCAAAUCCACCACCAUAUUGUGAAGCGCUAAAACAGCCCUCAACGGCUCCAUAUCCAAGCGGUGAUUUCUCGAGUAGUGCUCCUUUGACAGCGCCCUAUCCAACUAAUACCGGAUCGGGAUCAAUCUAUCCAAAUCCAAAUAUUGGCCAACAACAACAAAACAUCAGUGCUUAUCCUCAGCCACAACCAUAUAGUGGAGGAGCAGGAGCAGCUCAGAGUGGACCAAUGGCUUAUCAGCAACCUUAUCAAGUACCGUACGGCGGUCAACCGAAUAAUCCAGGAUUUGUUCCACCGCAAUCAUCAUAUCCCAACCCAAUAGCCCAGCAAGGAUCGUAUCCCCAAGCACCACAACAACCCGCUGCGUCCACUGAACAGUAUGCGUAUUAUCCGCCACCCGAGAAGAAAUCGUGCACAAUUCAAUAG